AGUAGUAUUCUUUUGAAACAUUAUCUUUAUAAAGCAAAAAGUAUUGGAAAAAUAACUGUUAAAAUUUAUAUGCUUGUAAUAAUAUUAUUAAUUAAGUUGUCGUUUGACGUCCUUCAUCAAGGCAGAAGCAGCGGCUGAUGUGUGGCCCGUGUGUGAUCCAAUCUUCGACCUGUACGCUGCCUUCCCCGCACACACACCACCAUGCCCAAGAAUAAAGGAAAGGGAGGAAAGAACCGCAGGAGAGGAAAGAAUGAAAAUGAAGCUGAGAAGAGGGAGUUGAUCUUUAAGGAGGAAGGUCAAGAAUAUGCCCAGGUGACAAAGAUGCUCGGAAACGGAAGACUGGAAGCUCUUUGUUUCACUGAUGGCAUGAAACGUUUGUGUCACAUUCGAGGAAAAUUACGUAAAAAGGUAUGGAUCAACCAGGGAGACAUUAUUCUUCUAGGCCUUCGAGACUAUCAAGAUAAGAAGGCUGAUGUUAUCCUGAAGUAUAAUGCAGAUGAAGCACGCAAUUUGAAAUCCUAUGGAGAAAUCCCAGAAUCGGUUAAGGUCAAUGAGAAUGCUACCUUCGUUGAGGAUGGCAUGGAUGAUGAUAUUGAAUUUGACGAAUAUUCGGAAGAGGAGGAAGAUGUUGCUGACAUUGAUGCGAUAUGAGGGUUCUUGAAUGGAAGACUAUUGCAGUUCUUAGGCUGGAGCAGAUGCUCUACUUUGCUGCUUGCCUAAGCAUCAAGAUUAUAAGAGGAAUUAAGUCAUCUAUUUAUUAAUAUCUGAAUCUUAGUACAUCUGAUAGUUACAGUAAUUGAUAAAUAGUAGGAAUAUAAUAUUGUAUAAAGACAGCUGUUGCUUUUGUGCAGAAAUGGCAGUGUUCAUAAUCAUUCUUUGAUUUGAAGUACCUUUAGCUCCGUUUUACAGUUUGACAUUAGGUUCAAUGUUUUACAUCCAGCAAAUAUACUCCAGUAGAAAACUUUGGUAAAGAAGUUUGCAUAAAUCUAUAUUUAAGUUUCUUUAAUCAAUAUAAUUUUCUACUUUGACAAAAAAAUUAGGAAGUGAUUAAUAAAGAUUUUAUAUAAAGCCUAAUCCCUCAUUAUGGUCUUUCAAUAAUUCCAAAAUGAGAAAAUAAGAAAAAAAAUGAAGAACCAAAGUUUUUCCAUGAAUUGAUAUGAUUUGAAAAAAUGUCAUUCUUAGUCAAAAAAGUAUAUAUAAAUAUAUUUGUGCUCUGAUUUGUAAACUUUUAGUACCCAUAAGUUGAUCACAUGUGUAAUACCAACAAUUGGUUUCAGUUGCCAUGUGAUGUUUAUUUAUAUGGUUAAGAUUUCUAUUUGCAAUAAUAAACAACUAAUCCAACUUGAA